GUCAGUAUCGCUGCUGUAGUUUCAUAUGUCAACGAAGAAGAAAAUAUAGACCAUAUGGACACGAGUUUCCUAUUUAAUAAACAUUAAAGUUGCAGAGAGACCUGACUCAAACUGGUAGAUUAAUAAUGAAUCUAUCACUACAAACCAAUAAAGACGAUCUGAAUGAUUUAAUAUCUCAGUUGAAGAUUGGAUUCAUUGGUGCUGGAAACAUGGCGUAUGGGAUAGCACAGGGCAUCAUCACAUCAGGGAAAGUUUCACCUACUAAUAUGAUUGUUAGUGCUCCAUCCAUGAACAAUCUUCCUCGAUUUCAGGAGAGAGGUGUUUCCAUAACUCAAAGCAAUGAAGAGGUUGUACAGAAGUCCAGCGUGGUUUUCCUUGCCGUCAAACCUCACCUCAUCCCAAAGGUCCUGAAUGAAAUCUCACACGGUGUCACUCAGCAACACAUCAUCGUUUCCAUGGCAGCCGGAGUCACUAUAGCAACACUUGAGGAUCUGUUGCCCGCUGAAACCCACGUGAUUCGUAUAAUGCCAAACUUACCCUGUGUGCUCAUGGAAGGAGCGCUGAUCCUCACUUCUGGCUCAUGCGCUGGAGAGAAGGAGGAGACUUUACUGAAGAACCUCCUCAGUCCGUGUGGAUUGGUGGAGGCGGGGCCUGAGCACUGGAUUGACGCCCACACGGGCUUGAGUGGCAGCGGUGUUGCAUUUGUGUAUGUGUUUGCCGAAGCCCUGGCAGAAGGGGCUGUUAAAAUGGGAAUGCCGAGCGCGUUGGCUCAACGUAUUGCAGCACAGACAAUACUGGGUGCUGGUUUGUUACUGCGUGAUACUGGGAAACUGCCAGCCCAGCUGAAAGCUGAAGUUUGCACGCCCGGAGGAACCACGAUACACGGCCUGCACGAGCUGGAGAAGGGAGGCAUCCGAGCGGCUGUCAUGGGAGCCGUGGAGGCGGCUACUGAAAGAGCCAGAGAACUCGGAAAAAAAUAGAUUUGAAGGUUAUCGAGAAAUGUAAAUGUUUCACUUUUACCAUUACAUAAUAAUUCAGAUUAUAAGAGGAAAGAUUUAUUCACAACCUCUUACAAAUGCUGUACAGUAAUUGUAUUUUGUGAGUCUUAAUGUGUGUUCUUGACAUAAAUCAUCAAAGCCUUGAUAUCAACUUAAAACUUUAAAGAUUUUUUUGUAAUACAUACACAUGGAAUUGUCCAGGAAUAGGAAUUGUUCAGUCCCAAUCUAUUCUAGUCUGAAUAUUGUCAUAAGCAGCCAAGUUGCCUGUUAAUAAAUGCGCUUGUACAGUU